AUGGGGGCAUCUGUGUCUGUAACGGCAGCAAACCUCGUGAUGGAGGCAGUGGAGGGAAGAGCACUGCAGACGGCCGGCAUCACCCCAAAAAUAUUUUUGCGGUAUGUCGACGACUAUUUCUGUAUCCUAAAAACUUCUGCCGUAGACGCCUUCACAGCCCAUCUGAACUCUAUUGAGCCGGCCAUCCAGUUCACCGUGGAACGGGAAAAAAACAACUGCUUGCCAUUCCUCGAUGUCCUCGUGGAAAAGAUGGGUGGUUUGCUGCAAUUCUCGGCAUACCGGAAGCCAACCCACACCGGUCGCUACCUCGACGCUGGCUCCAACCACCCUUUCCACCAUAAAUCAGCGGUGGUAUCGUCACUACUCACACGUGCACGGAGGGUUUGUUCGUCGGAUGAUAAGCGGACGGAUGAAGAACGGAAGAUCAGAUGCGACCUUCUAAAGAACGGCUACUCCAAAGCUUUCAUUGGGAGGGUUGCACGCCGCCACGCCCGCCCCCGCAGACCCCUUCAAGAGGACUCUGACUCGUCGCUUCCCAGGCCUGUCCGCGUCUGCAUUCCCUACGUUAAGGGCACCAGCGAAGCGCUCACACGCGUUUUGUCGGAGCAGGGCAUAAGAGUUGCGCACAAGCCAACUUCCACACUCGGCCGCUUCUUCCCGCGACGCGACUCCUCAAACGAGUCACGUCCCGGAAAGCAGGCAUGA